CGCGCCACCCAGCGCGGCGCGCCGCAGCCGUUUAGGCGCGCCAGCCUCCAAGAUGGCAGAGCGGGUGUCUCCAGGAAAGUCGACAGACCAGGUGUGUCCCUUCCUCUUUAAAAAGCCCGGACGGAAAGGGGCUGCAGGCCGCAGAAAGCGUCGGGUGUGUGACCCGGAGCUCGGGGAAAGCGGUAGCAGUAGUGACGAAGGCAGCUCUGUGGUUCGACCAGAGAAGAAGCGGGCGACCCACAAUCCAAUGAUACAGAAGACCCGCGGCAGCGGAAGACAGAAGGCUGCCCACGGCAACUUCAGUAGCGAGGAGGAGGAGGAGGAGGAGGAGAGUCUAGGCGUGGUCUACAGGUCCACCCGCUCGGCGAAGCCUGUGGGGCCAGAGGAUAUGGGGGCGACAGCUGUCUAUGAGCUGGACACAGAGAAGGAGCGCGACGCCCAAGCCAUCUUUGAGCGCAGCCAGAAGAUCCAGGAGGAACUGAGGGGCAAAGAAGAUGACAAGAUCUAUCGGGGAAUCAAUAAUUACCAGAAAUUCAUAAAGCCCAAGGACACGUCUAUGGGCAAUGCCUCCUCCGGGAUGGUGAGGAAGGGCCCCAUCCGAGCCCCUGAGCAUCUCCGAGCCACCGUGCGCUGGGAUUACCAGCCCGACAUCUGUAAGGACUACAAGGAGACUGGCUUCUGCGGCUUCGGAGACAGCUGCAAAUUCCUCCAUGACCGUUCAGAUUACAAGCACGGUUGGCAGAUAGAACGUGAGCUUGAUGAGGGUCGAUACGGUGAUUAUGAAGAAGAAAAUUAUGAAGUGGGAAGCGAUGAUGAGGAAAUACCAUUCAAGUGUUUCAUCUGUCGUCAGACAUUCCAGAACCCAGUCGUUACCAAAUGCAGGCAUUAUUUCUGUGAAAACUGUGCACUACAGCAUUAUCGCACCACCCCGCGCUGUUACGUCUGUGACCAGCAGACUAACGGUGUCUUCAAUCCCGCGAAAGAAUUGAUUGCUAAACUGGAGAAGCAUCGAGCUGCAGCAGAGGGCAGUGCUUCUGAUAUCUCAGGAGACCCCCAUGGGGUCUAAUCCUCAUUACCUAGGUUUUCCAUAAUUGUCAAAUCUCAAAAUAAAUAUUUUGUUUUUCUUUUGGUAAUCCUACGAACACCCCAAAACAACCAUGAUUAAAGGAAUAUCAAGAUUUUCUAGACGGAAUAUAAAGUUUUGUUUUAUAUAAAAAUGCUGCAAAUUGAAGCAAUAUAGUUAAAUUUUGAGAAACUCUUAACAUAACCAACCCAUGUCUAGAUAUAUAUCUUGAAUCAAAAUGGGUUAACAUUCUAAUGGGUCAUGGUGAUUUUUUGAAAAGACCAACGUUGCCACCUACUGGAAGAAUAGAUUUCAGACCUUUCAAAGAGGGCUGUUGAGGACUUCAAAUUCAAAGGCAAAAGUUACAAGUUUAUGGGAAAAAUAAGAUGAUUCUGUGGAAUUCCAAAUGUGGAAUAAAUGAGACAGGCAUAGGGGCCUAUGAACUUCAAAUUGGAGGUAUACAUUAGGGACAUUUUACUGUGUAUAUAGAAUUUGUUGUACAACUUGAAAAGAGACUAAUUAUAUUUGGAGUAUCAAAAAGUAUUCAAGGCAUACAUUCUUAAAGAAAAAAGUGGAUUUCUAUCUGCCUAACAGAAGAAACAUAUAUUGGAAAUUGAAGUUAUUAUUUUUGUUACUUUUGAUAAUGUUCAUUUUAGCAAAUUUAACUUAGAGAAUAAAAAAAGAAAAUAAAAAUAACUCCAGCCCCCACAAUUAUACAACCAAGAGAUAACCAUUGUUAAUAUUUUGGUGUAGUCUUUCCUUUGUUAUUCUAUGUUGAAAUAUAGUUUAAAAUGUAUGCUAUUUUUUUUAGAAGUAAAGUGAUGUUUUACAAGUUGUUAACCUAAUUUUUCACAUCAUAUAUUAUGAAUAUAUUUCAAUGCUGUGGUAUUUUCCUAUAAAAUCUUUUUGAAUAAAUGCAUGGGAUUCCAUUGGAUAGACAUGAA